CUGCUCUCGAAGCUCAUCCUCGAUCCCACCCACUCCAUAUUGAAGCAGUCCUUCGACUCGAGGCUCAGACUUGACACGCGGAGAGGCCAGAACAAUGCAGACGGCUUCGGAAUCGGCUUCUACACCGACCCAAAACUUGGCCAUGCGCCUUGCCUCUUUACCUCGACGAUACCGGCUUGGAACUGCACCAACCUCCAGCGCAUUGCCUCCAAAACCGCCUCCCAGCUCAUCUUCGCACACGUCCGAGCAACAACCGAAGGUUCUCUCAGUGAAGACAACUGCCAUCCGUUUUGCCACGGAAGCCUGAUGUGGAUGCACAAUGGAGGUCUGGGAGGCUGGAAACACAUCAAGAGGAGGCUGGGCCAAAAGCUGGCAGAUAAGUGGUAUUUGGGGGUUCAGGGCGGCACAGACAGCGAAUGGGCUUUUGCACUUUUCCUCGAUACUCUCGAAAGGAUGGGCAUUGAUCCCAGCUCACAGCCCGCCUGCGGAUUCGGCCCUACCUUGCUGCGGAAGGCCUUGCUGAAGACCAUCGAGCAGAUCAAUGAGCUAAUCGAUGGCAUUGCGGAAAGCACCAUUCAGUCAGAAAACGUGGACACUCGCAGUUUGCUCAACUUCGCGGUUACGGACGGCAAGAGCAUCAUCUGCACACGGUACAUCAGUAGUGCAACGGACGAGGCCGCCAGUCUGUACUAUUCAUCCGGCACUGAGUGGGGGACGAGAACAUCGGCUGCGACCGACCGGAACUACCAGAUGGAGCGUCGGGAUAAAGGCGCUGAUAUUGUUCUCGUCGCGAGCGAGCCUCUCACUUUCGAGAGGGAGAACUGGGUGAACGUCCCGACCAACUCCAUUCUGACAAUUCAUAACCAAACGGUCAUGGUUCAUCCGAUCAUUGACAAGUACUACGAUCGAAGCCCAUACCACGUCCGUUCUAGCGCCUUCGUUCAGACAAAGGGCUUGAUCGCGAAUGAGAAGAUAUCAUCACUUCUUAGUCCGGCAUCGACACCCUUGUCAAACACGGAAGCCGCGAAGAAAACUCUCGGUCCAACCAUUCCCUUCGGUGUCUCGCGCAGCCACAUACCGGAGCCUUCCCCGUCAGCCAGGUCGAGACCGCAGAGUACGCUGCAUGAGGUUUCGACACCAGCUGACUCGAGAUCAAUCAUGACCAUAUCGAGCGGACAAACCAAUGCAUCAAGACCCCCGGUUCAAGGAAACAUCAAGGUGAAGAGAGCCGCCCCGGAACAGAGUCAACCGAUUGCGGAUAGUGACACGGACUCUUUGGCUCCUGACGAGCAGAAUCACAACAGGACAGAAUUUGGCCAUCCUAACAAGUUGUCAAGAUUCUUCCCCGAGUUGACGAUGAGCUAG